AUGAUUAGCAAGCGUAAGUGGCAGGAAGCGGACUGGGAGAUUGCAAUGGCGGCGCAGAGCUACGUAGCGGUGCUAGCUGCCCCGGUAGAGGACACGAUUACUGCCAGCGCAACAAAGAGCUCACAAAAGAUUAAAAAGACGUCUGCUAGACGCUCGACGCGCACCAAGAAGCCAUCGUUGGACGAGGAAAAAAUACAUGAAGAUAUGGACACUAUGUUGGCGACAGAAGAUGUCAGAACAUCACAGAUAGAGCAAUUUUGGCUCGCCCAAUUACAAGAUGACGUGACGGAGGAUAUGCUCGAUCAGCAAAAUGUGCGCAUUCACGUCACAUGGCUCAACAAAAUCGCGGAAAGAUGUUACGAAAUCGCAUACGACGAGUACGUGGAUGUAAAAAGCAUUUUAUGUCAAGUAUACGUGCGGGAGCUCAGCGCAGUGUCUGUGGAGGUCACGACUAAAUCACUUGCACGAGUUCAGCACUGUCUUUUGUGUUCCAAAGCCAAGCUGAUGGGACAAGAUUUACCGAAAGAUUACAUAGACGACGACGCUGAACGUCCCCCAAUGUCACAAGUCAAGAAGCGUCGAGUAAAGGCUGUUGAUAAUGUGCUUUCUGGACGAGGUAAAACCAAGAGGUUUACUAAAAGAAGUAUGGCCAUCCGAACCAUGCCAUUUCGUAGGACAGUGGACGAAGCGAAGUACGAGGACCGCGAGUUGUUGGGUUUGCAAAAAUUUGAGUCGUUUAAUGGCGAUGUAUUUUCCGCGAAUCGAGAAGUUGUACGGGCAGUGCUAACGAAGAACUUAAAGCUACUGAAGCAACUGACGACGGACAGUAAUGUCUAUAAGAAACUUAGCACGUUCGAUGCACCUCGCAGUGCAGAUAUUCGUCAGACUGCUCUUCAGAUUGCUAUAGAUCAUAACGAUCUGGCUUCGGCAACUUUGCUGCGUCAGGCGGUAAACAACGUGCAAAAGACGGAACUUGCUGCCAAACCAGAAGUGGCGCUGCCGUCGCAUUCGACAGGUCAACAUACGAGUCAGUUCAGUAACUACAAUCGACGUGCUGUACACGCUAGUCGCGGAGGUAGAGAAGGUAAUAAUGCACUGCUUCAAGACGGCUACAAAAAUGCAGUGAAGGAAUCACGUGAUUACAUCUGGCGUAGUCCACACGCUAGUGUCGAGAUGCUCACGCUUCUCUACCCAACUGGAGAAUGGGCUAAGGGCUACGCGGUGGGGAUGAAUGUAUGUCACUUGGCACGUUGUGGAAAUUAUCGACUUGUUCGAAAAAUGGUUGAGAUAUUGGAGAAGAGUGGCGGGUGGGGAUUUAAUGAGCUGCACUACAAGGUGCUGGCGGAUUUUCCAGUCGGAAUGGAAAAAAACACGCCUUCUUUGCCACCAUUUCGGGCUGCGUCGGCUAUCAAACAGGCCCAGCAAACGCGGCUACGACCCCUCCAUCUUGCUGCAAUUAACCCCUGUACAAAAUUUCUGGAAGAAUUGUAUGCUGUUCUAGGAGACGAGUUUGUUGCUAUCAAGGAUGACCAAGGAUACGAGCCUAUUCAUUAUGCAGCCGCAUGCGAGUCAGCUGACCCAUUGCAAUUUCUUUUGGAAAAACGAUGCGGGUUGUUUGGACGUACAAAGACUCGCUUGACACCGCUGAUGUGUGCGCUUGAAGCCGGACGGGAUGAGACGGCACUUGCUAUGCUGCAUUUUGCCGCAAUGUCAAACGAAAGUGGUGGUGGCCAAGAAGUUGCUGAUAAACUUGUACGUGAUAAAGGACCUAAAGGCAAGCAAGCAAUCCAUCUUGCUGCACUACACGGCUGCAUAAAAACAUUAGAAUAUUUAGUCGCGCAAUGUAAACAUGCUGCGGACGUAAAUUUCGCAAGUGGAGGCACGAGCAAGUCGACACCGUUGACUUUGGCUGCUCAAAAUGGUCAUUUGCAGUGCGUACGUGUCUUGUUGGCCAACGGUGCACACGUGAAUUUGGGAGAUAAAUUCAAGAAGACGCCAUUGAUGUUGGCAGUGAAGAACGGUCACACACGAGUGGCGGCCGCGCUGAUUAAUGGUGGUGCCGAUGUGAAUUUAUCUGAUUCAUCUGAGAACAGUGUGGCUCAUUACGCGGCUAGCUAUGGAUGGCCUUCUUGUCUUCAGCUUCUGUGCGACGUCGGUGCGGAAUUAUGGUCGCAGAACGCGUGGGGCUUCGUUCCACUUGCAUGUGCAUUGCUUAAACAGCAUCAGACGUGUGCUGAGCUCCUGCUGACUUCUACUCACGGAACAUUUCAAGAUAAUUUUUUAAACUUCAGAGACCGCCAAGGGCGUACGAUGCUAUUUCUGCAGUGCUCGCAUUCGCAUAAUCUCGACCAGCUCAGCUACUUGCUAGAUAAAGGGUUUGAUCCUAACAUCAGUGACUCGAAAGGUGAGUAUCCUCUACAGCAAUUAAUCAAGCGAUCUUGUUAUGAGGCUACAAGGACCGUAGAAGACAGCAGCAUGGUCAGCAAACAAGAAAUUGUAACGUAUUUUGUGGAAGCGGUUCGUCUUCUACUUUUACACGGGGCUCAAGUACAGUACGAAUUGUAUCAACAAGAUGUGGUGAAUGACGAAAAUACUCUUAUGCUGUUGCAGCCACUUCAGAUGGCGAUUGAUGGCAAUCAAAUGGAAAUUGUUGAGCUUCUGCUCGACCAGGAGACUAUAUACGUUGAAGCUCGAUCUUCGGACGGACAAGAUGCUUGGAUGACAUGUGUAGCGCUGGGUGCCGAUGGAGACGUGUAUCUGGCAAAAUUGCUUGAACGUCACGACAAAACAAAACGUGGAUCUUUAAACUUGACAGGUAGAUCCAAAGCAACGCAUGAGAAUUUUUUUCACUUAGUGGCAAACCACAAAGCUGCAAAACUAACAGCAAUGCCGGAUCUUAUUCGUUCGGUUGCCGAAAAGUGCCCAACGACGUCUGAAUUAAUGUGCGGUAAAGACGUGAAAGGCUACAGCCCUAUGAUGAAGCUUCUUGAUCUAAGGCAUGAGCGCAGCGUGCCCUUAGCAGCUCACCACGGGAAUGCAGAUGGACUGAAGCAAAUGCAAGACAUUGACAGACGACUCACGGAGCUUGUUGCUCUUUUUGCGGAGCAGUCAUUAAGUCGAGAUGCAUUUAUACGCUGUGAGGAGGCGUCACAAUUAACGAAUAUAAUCAAUGCGAUUGGUAGUGAUAGUGCUAUUGAAAUUGGUGGAUCUGGUGGCGGUGGGUCAUUGGGUCACACCAAAUCAAUUGCCUCUCAUGUAAGCUCUACUUCUGAUUCGGAAGUAGAUGAUUUAGAUUGUAAUAGAGACGCGAUCCCAGCUAUAACUUAUCGGCCACCACCGGAUGUAAAUACUCGAGAUAAAGCGAAAAUUUUGGUGGAGACUGAAACGGCGCUGCACUUAAUUGCUAGGCGGCAACUAAUAAGCGAACCAACAAAGCCGUGGAUGAAAUUUUACGGUUGUAUCGACGACUCGGCUACAUGCCUCAUGCAUGUUCUGUUAAACAAACGCCCCGAAUUAUUUUCAGUGGAUCCAGACGACGAAAAAAAAUCGUUAGUUAAUGUUAUUCAUUUUGGAAGCUUUAAAACGGCGUUGCAUUAUGCAGUGGAAUCUGGCGACGUGCCUACUGUGCAUCUAUUGCUGACGCAUCAAGCAAAUCCCAAUUUAUCCCCAGUGAGAUGCACAAAUUGCAUAGAUUUUACAAUCGCUGAAGCUAUUGCACGAGCUGAAAACGAAGUAGCUCCAAGGCGUGGAAAUUUUUCACCAUGCUUGGGCGAUUGUGGCCUCAAGACAAUUUUGGAGCCAGUGCUACUUGAAUCUUUGACCAGAAAGAGCACUUUGUGUACAAAUUUAUUGUUGGAGCACGGUGCAGACGUGAACUGCGUAUCUAAAUCAUCAAAAAAAACUCCAUUACACGUGGCUCUUCAAGCGAAUGAUAGCGCAGCUGUGAGUGCUCUACUUUUGCAUGGAUCAAGCCUUCUUGCUCGUGAUGCGCUCGGCGCUACUCCCUUGCAUCUUGCAGUCGCUGCGAGGCAUUUGAUCCCCACAACGGAGGCCCGCGAUGAAAAAGUUGCGUAUUCGAUCGUGGAGAUCACUCAAUCGUUUCCUCCGGUUCUUGUCGCCAUGACAUCUGAAUUAAAUAAGCGACAGGCAGUAUAUACCGCAGAGUCAGCUAUUCUUGUUGCAUUGAAGGAUCCAAGUGCCCCGCGAGCUAUUAAUGCCGGCGAUGCAAAAAAUAGGUCACUCGUUCAUUACGCAGCAGGAAAUCGUGACAUUAACCUCUUGCAGGAAUUACUAGAUGUCUUAGGGAAAGGAGGCGCAAGUGAUGCAGUAAAUCAGCGUGAUUGGCUUGGACGAACCCCGUUGCACUAUGCUGUGAAUGCUGCUACUAUGAGUGCUGACGCAUCAUUUUCGGUCGAGCGCUUCCUUCUUCAAUGUGGCGCCGAUGCUACCAUGCAAGAUGACUUUGGUUUUAGCGCUUUGCAUUUCGCGCUACUAAAAGUUGAGCUUGAUUGGCAAAUUAGGUACGACAAGAGUCACAAAGAGAUAGGAGACCAAAAGAAGAGUAAGGGACGAGUUUUUGAUGCUAAUGUGUACAAGACAAUGAGGCGUGAGAAGUUCCUGCGCGAUCAACUUAGCGUUAUUCCAGAAGUUGAGACGGAUCCGGUAGAAACAGUCUCAUACUUGGCAACAGAGCAGGGGAUUAUGGCUCAAGACGCGCUCGGGCGCUCCCCCUUGCAUCUUGCAGCAGCCACGGGUGCGUUUGUAUGUGUUUCAACACUUCUUGCAUCCAUUGGUGACUCAGCGGAGCAGCAAAAAGUUAUGGCGCUGCAGGAUAGACGCGGGUAUACGCCGCUUGGUUUCGCUGUCUUAUACAAACGGCAAACAACCAUCAUGACGCUACUAAAAAGUGGCUGUGCGGCCAAUGGAGUUCUUCGGAUUGUUGACAUUCCGUCCGCUGCAAAAGCCACGGCAAGGAAGUUGAUAUCAAGAAGUGUCUCAGCAUCCACGCAGGAAUGUAAAACCAAAACAAGAAGCUAUUUCCACCACGCUGUCAGCAAUGGACUGACUGGUAUCUGCCAUAUGCUAUUAAGCGCUGGGUUUUGUCGACGUCAGGCCAUCGAGGAUGCUGUGCGAUGCGGACAAUUUCAACUUGCUAACAACCUUGUAGACGUCCUGAAUUCCGACACGAUUGACGGCAAAACGAUUUUGAAGCAUCCGAACGCUCGUGGCGAAACAUUGCUGCAUUCUUUGGCAAAGACACGGCAGACUGGGUUUAACGCUCUUGCUAAGAAGCUUGCUUGGGCGCUUGUAGAUGCUGGUGUGUGUGUGGACAAGCAAGACAAUAACGGCAACAUUGCACUGCACUACGCUUCGAAGCGAGGAAAUAUUCAUUUGAUGGAUUUUUUGCAUCACCAAAGUGGCGGCAGCGAAAGCGAAAAUGCAAAAAACCAUUUGGGCGAGACUCCAAUUCUUUCUGCUCUUAAACAAAACAGCAAACAUAAUAACAUCGACGAUGAUCAGCUGCUCAAAGUGCUGUGCUAUUUUCUGGAGCACCCUUUAAUAUCUUUGGAAAUUCAGGAAGCAGACAACUCGGGAAGGAAUGUUUUGAACGCCGUGCUGGAUCGUUUUUUGGAGAGUCUUGCCGAGUUAAAGCCUGUCGUGUUCUUCACGAUACUAGAGACACUAUUGAAGCGCGGAGUCGACCCAAACCGAAGUUUUCAUUGUGCAUCUGCAGCAGCACUAGAGCGAAGAAAGAGCUCAAGUGGAGAUAAAGCUUACAAUAAGGACAUACUACGGUCUGGCCGUGAGCUUUGUGAGGUGACUUCUUUAGCUGCAGGAAAUCCCGACAAGAUGCCACCACUUGUACGCGUUGCGAUAACUCCUAAUGCAUUCACACGAUUCCAUACACUUGCACUUUUACUUCGGUAUGGUGCCAAGUUGUCGAUCGCUGACGGCAGAGGCAAUACGCUCUUGAUGCAUCUUGCCGCGCGAAAUCUAGUUGUGGAAACGCGGCUAGCGCUUGGGCUUAUCCGAUCAGUGCCAGAUUUCAAAGUUGUGUUUGAUCAUCCCUCAUCGACUGAUGUGUGCCCUGUUCACGUGUCAAAAGCAAACAUAAAGGCAGCGCUUGCACAACGCAAUUCCGCCGGAUUAAGUCCGUGCCACAUUGCUGUCCAGCCACUCGACUAUGGUUCUUACGAAAAUACGCGCUUGUUGUUCAUGCUGGUUCAGGCAGGUGGUGACCUGCGAGCGAAAGACCAUUUUGGAAAGUCCGUUAUCGAUUACGCUGAAUGUCAGUACUCGCGUUUUGUUCUCCGAUCCAUAAAGCGGAAAUUCCCGGAUCUUGUACCUGGUCAAGCCGAAACUAGAGAGUCCUCUACCAAGUUCGCGGCUAUACCAGCAUUUUCAAAAGAUGCUAGCGCGUAUUUAGCGGAGUGUGAGGCAAAUGGCAAGAUCUCGCGUUCGCUGGUUGAUUCCAAGGUAAAUUUAAGUUGCGAUGUCGGAAGAAAAAGCAAAGUUUAUGUCGAGGGUGAUGGUACCGAGCUGAACGCGUUAUUGACAAAAGUUGACGUGAAGAACGGAAGCUUUGGCCUCAACGUUUUCUAUCGUCUACAACUGGUUCAUGAUGAAUUACAAGACAUAUAUGUACUGUUUACGAAUUGGGGGAGAAUAGGUGAGACAGGAAAAUUUCAAAACACGCCGUUUAGAGAUGAAGCAGAGGCUGCAAACGAGUUCAAGCGGAUAUUCCGUAGCAAGACGGGCAACACGUGGGAUUCGCGUGCUUUAGGCGACUUCAUUAAGAAGCCCAAGAAAUACAAUCUUGUCAAACGUGUCAACUACAUGACAAAGGUCGAUAUCGAGGUGACUCGUUCGAUUCGAGAGGACAUGGAAUCUGUUCCAACCAAAGGUGUCAUGUUUCGCGAGCUUUGUGAUCCAGAUUUGAUAGCUUCACCGAGUCUCAUGGCGAUGUUAGCCGCUAUUACAGACGUGCGCAAUUUGCAGUUGGCGGCACAAACAAGCUGUGGCUUUGCUGGUGGUGACUUGCCUAUUGCCGAGCAAGAUGAGCUUUGUGCUGCGUUGGAACAGCUCAUUGAAAUUAAAAGUUUGCUGGAAGAAAUGGAAAGCCUAAACAAGGAAAUUGGCUUUGCAAGUGGCGAUAUAAGUGAUGAUGGGGCCAAUACGCGAGCUCUCCUUGCUACUCGCCAUGAAGUUCUUACUGAAAAAUUGAGUGAUCGCAGUAGUCGGUAUUACGAAAUCAUGCCAUGUCAAGAGGAUUCCCUAGCUUCUUCGAUCAAGGCUUUUGACCAGGUAAGUGAUGUAAACGUGGAGAUCACGCGGAUACGGAUGUUGUCUGACAUCAUUGAGACGUAUAAGAUGCUACUCGGAGCCAAGAAUGCACUGGGAAAGCAACAUCCAUUAGAGUAUUGUUACCAUGCAUUGCAGGUGCGUAUUGCGCCUCUGCUGCCUGAAGACCCUGAACGACAACUCAUCCAUCGUUACUUCUUCGGCGGCUUCCGCCCUUCUGAUCGUCGAAUGUAUCGUAUCAGUAACGUAUUCGAGGUAGAACGACGCGGUGAGACCCAGCGAUUUAACGAUAUGAUGGAAAAACGCCCAGAUUUACGACCUUUGCAGACCCACUUGCUGUGGCACGGAACAAAACGCACCAAUCUGAUGGGAAUUUUGUCGCAAGGAUUAAGGAUCGCUCCUCCUGAAGCUCCACACCAUGGUUACUUAUACGGCAAGGGGUUAUACUUUUCAAAUGUGGCAAAAAAAAGCUUCAACUAUUGCGAUGAACCGUAUGCACUUCCAAUAAUUGAGAAGGAUGGCAAGACCAAUCGGAAGACGCGCGCAGUACACUAUAUGCUGCUGUGCGAGGUGUCAUUAGGUGAUCCUACUGAGUUGAUGACAAGCGAUGCUUUAGGUCAGGAUUUCUUGCCGCGUGAUAAUAUGGACAGUGUUAAAGCACUGGCGUUGCACAAUCCAGAUUCGAGAGGUGCUGUUGUGUCGCCAAAGUGUGGAGCUAUGUUACAUCUUGGACGAGUGAUGCAAGUGGGAAGAGACUUGCCGUUUGAUCGAGCUUGGGCCAAAACUGAGCCGAAUCCAACGCCAGUUUUGUGGUUUGACCGUACCCCUAAAUUUACAGCUGAGACUCAAGAAUAUCUACGCAAACUUGUGGAGGACGAGAGUUUUGCUGUAGGUAAUACACGUACAUUAAGUCCCACAGACAAGGAUCGAAAUAAAUUUUUGCAGUAUGCCUACGAUCAGCGUACAAUCGUCAUCGAGCUAUUGGAUCGUGAGAUGCAUGACAUUGCAAAAGAUGAGGACGAAGCUGACAUGAUACCGCAGAUUGGCAGCGGCGCACGGUGCAACGCCUCGUUAAAAGUGACAUUUCGACCGGACGAUAGUAGCACGGUCUACAGCUAUUUAGCCAAGCUCUAUCGUAACAUUAUGGCACAGUCUCCUCUUGCGGUAGGCUUCACAUUGGUUGAACCGUCUCUAUCCGAAUACGCUGAGCUGAUUGUGUAUAAGGAAGCUCAAGCCCGUAUCCGCUACAUGGUCGAAGUGGAGGUCGUGUGA